UGCAAAUCACAUGGUGCCAUGGCGGCCGCCAUGGAGGAGGACUCCUCGGAGGAGCCGGCGGCGCGGGAGCCGCGGCUGCGGGACACCCCCGAGGACAUCUGCUUCGAGGCCACGGCCAACGCCAUCGCCCUGCACCCGGAGCGGCCGCUGCUCGCCGCGGGGGACGUGGAUGGCGAUGUGUACCUGUACUCGUACUCCUGCACCGAGGGGGAGAACCGGCAGCUUUGGUCCUCGGGGCAUCACCUCAAGUCGUGCCGGGACGUGGCGUUCUCCCAGGACGGGCAGAAGCUUUUCACCGUGUCCAAGGACAAGUCCAUCCACAUCCUGACGGUGGAGGAGGGACGGCUGGAAACGCGCUUUCCCAAAGCCCACGGCUCGGCCCUCAACUGUGUGCUGCCCAUCGACCACCACGUCUUUGCCACGGGCGAUGACGGCGGGGCGGUGAAGGUGUGGGACCUGCGCAGGGGCGAUGCCAUCCUGGAGGCCCGGCAGCAGGAGGAAUACAUCAGUGCCAUGGCCGUGGAUGGCAACGGGAAGAUCCUGCUCACCGCCAGCGGGGAUGGCACCCUGGGCGUGUACAACGUGAAGAGGCGGCGCUUUGACCUGCUCUCGGAGCCGCAGAACGGGGACCUGACGUCCGUGGUGCUGCUGAAGAGGGGGAGGAAAGUGGCGUGUGGCUCCAGUGAGGGCACCAUUUACCUCUUCAACUGGGACGGGUUUGGGGCCGCCAGCGACCGCUUUGCGCUGAGGGCAGAGUCCAUCGACUGCAUGGUGCCCAUCACGGACAGCAUCGUGUGUGUGGGGUCCCUGGACGGGGUCAUCAGGGCCGUGAACGUGCUGCCGAACCGCGUGGUGGGGAGCGUGGGGCAGCACCUGGGCGAGCCCAUCGAGCAGCUGGCCCUGGGGCCGGGCGGGACCCUCCUGGCCAGCAGCGCCCACGACCAGAAGGUGAAGUUCUGGGACGUGUCCGCGCUGCGCUCGCUGGUGGUCGACGACUAUCGCCGCAAGAAGAAGCGGGGCGGGCCGCUGCGGGCCCUCAGCAGCAAGGCGUUUGGCAGCGGGGAGGAUUUCUUCGCCGACCUGCGCGACGAGCCCGAGGAGGCGGCGGCGGGGGGAGGCGACGGCGACAGCGACAGUGACUGAGCGGCCCCGCGCCGGGGGAGCCGCCCCCUCAGCGCUGC